GAACUUUGGGAACCCCCACUAUCGCUAGUAGCACUGUUAUCGCUGGGUUCAGUGAAGUCUCGCGAUGUUUCCUUGUGACAGAGGAUAGUGGCGACGAGAACUGGCGUGGGACGGAGUGAAGAGAGUUGUUAUCGAAGAGGGAGAAGAGACAGCGGCAGGAGCAGAGCAGGGGGUGUGUGAGUGUGUUUGUGAGGUCCUAAAAGGAGCACAACACGGCGUGAAUGAGAGAGACAAGCUGGUGAAUUUCAACAUGGCAUCCGGAGAUACGCUGUACAUUGAGACAGACGGCUCGGAGAUGCCGGCCGAGAUUGUGGAGCUCCACGAGAUAGAGGUAGAGACGAUACCGGUGGAAACUAUCGAGACCACGGUGGUCGGCGGGGAUGACGACGACGACGGGCAGCCCAUGAUCGCGCUCCAGCCACUGGUCACGGACGACCCCAGCUCGAUCCACCACCACCAGGAGGUUAUCCUAGUCCAGACCCGGGAGGAGGUGGUCGGUGGGGAUGACUCGGACCUGCAUACGGACGGCGGUGGAGGGUUCGAGGACCAGAUCCUCAUCCCGGUGCCGGCUCCUGGGGUGGAGGACGAGUAUAUUGAGCAGACUUUAGUGACUGUGGCUGGGAAGAGCUCAGUGGGUCGGGUGAAACGAGGCGGCACUGGUGGGAAGAAAGCGGGCAAAAAGAGCUAUUUAAGCGGCGCUGAGGGCGGCGGAAGAAAAUGGGAACAGAAGCAGGUGCAAAUAAAGACACUGGAGGGGGAAUUUUCUGUUACAAUGUGGGCAUCGGAUGAUAAUAAAGACAUUGACCAUGAAUCGGUGGUGGAGGAGCAGAUCGUCGGGGAGAACUCUCCUCCGGAUUACUCCGAGUACAUGACGGGGAAGAAGCUGCCCCCUGGUGGUAUCCCGGGGAUCGACCUUUCAGACCCAAAACAGCUGGCUGAGUUUGCCAGAAUGAAACCCAGGAAAGUCAAAGAGGACGAUGCCCCCCGCACGAUAGCUUGCCCUCAUAAAGGCUGCACAAAGAUGUUCAGGGAUAACUCGGCCAUGAGGAAGCAUCUCCACACCCACGGACCCCGUGUGCACGUCUGCGCAGAGUGCGGCAAGGCCUUUGUUGAGAGCUCCAAGCUCAAGCGCCAUCAACUCGUUCACACAGGGGAGAAACCCUUCCAGUGCACCUUCGAAGGCUGCGGGAAAAGGUUUUCUCUGGACUUCAACCUGCGCACGCACGUGCGGAUCCACACUGGAGACCGGCCCUACGUCUGCCCUUUUGACGGCUGCAAUAAGAAAUUCGCCCAGUCAACCAACCUAAAGUCUCACAUUCUCACACACGCCAAAGCCAAAAAUAACCAAUGAGAACGUAUCCGUCAGCGUCGAGUCACGAAGACGAAAAAAGAAGAAAGAAAAAAAAAAAGAGCAUUCUAGCGACACACGUGAGACCUCGUUUGAAGAUGGAAUGAGAAG